ACACUGCUGUUCGAUUGUCGUAAACUGUCGUAAAGAGAGCGCAGAAUACGGCAGACGCGUGUGGAGCGCAGCACGUGGUCGGUGUUUUGGUCAGAGAGAAGCGAAUGAAUCCAUGUAAGAGCUGUCCUGUGCUGGUGAGGUGAAUAUGUUACCUGUCAUGGACAACAGCGGUAAAGCAGGUGAUGAUCGGAGAGGAGUUAAGCGCAAGAUGGCUUUGUCCAGCUGUGAUGUUUGUGAGACUAAAGAGGCGAAAUACAGAUGCCCGAGCUGCAGGAAACACACUUGCAGUUUGGCCUGCGUCCAGCAGCACAAGAUGGUGUCGGGAUGCUGUGGUGUUCGGGACAAGACGGCGUUUGUCCCUCUCGCGGAGUUUAACGAAAUCAACCUGCUCAACGAUUACAGGGUCCUGGAGGACACGGCUCGACUGACACAGCAGUCCAACAGAGACAGGGUCCUGCUCCGCAGCCACCGGCACCCGAAGGAGGGCAUGUGGAUGAUCAGAAAAGCCAGAGCUGUCAAAGUCACCCUGAGGUUUCUGCCCAAAGUGUUCAGCAAACAUCGGGAGAACCGCACCGUCUUCAGAAGAGCGGAAGGACGAUUCUACUGGCAUCUGAAGAUCCAUUUUCCUCAGAGCGACGCGGUUUAUUCAGAGAGGUGUCCUGAUAACCGGCAGCUCGAUCAGAUUCUCAACGACUACAUCCAUCCUUCAGAAUCAGAUCCAGUCAAACGGCAGAAGUAUGUAUCGCUCCGUCAAACAUCCACACGUUUCCUCAAUGCCACAUUUAUCCCACUUUUGCAAAUAAACUCUUUACAGUAUCUGGAGCUGGACCUGAAGACAACUCUGCAGGAAAACCUGAUGCAGAAGACCAUCGUGGAAUACCCAGAAGUCUUUGUGGUUCUGCAACAGCACAGUCAGCAGUACCUCACUCGCAGACCGGAGCGUUCCAAUGUUGUUGCAUCAGCGAGCGUCACCAGAACUUCAUGUUCUUUGGCUGAACCACAUUCAGAAGCUCUUGUGCAUGUGCCGAAGAAACCAAAAGUCUCGGAGGACGAUGAGCUGGAGGACGGAGAGAUUCGAAGUGAAGGAGAGGAUGGAAACACUGAAGAUGAUGAUGGUGACGCUGAAAAUAAACUACCUGCAAUGCAUCCUGAUGGAAAUGAUGACCGUGAUGAAGAAGAGGUGGAGAUGAAGGACUGUCCUCAUAACAGUGUUCAGGACGCUCGGGAAGAUGACGGGAACCAAAACAAAGUGGUUUCAGUGAACAUCACCAGCAAAACUGAAGAAAUCAUGAUGGUUUCUCAAGGUCCUGAAGAAGCUGACAGCACUGAGACUGUCACAGCUGAUGCUAGAAGGCUAUGUGCAGACGAUAAGUUGGAGGAAAACAUUCAUUCCAAUGCUGGACUUCCAGAAGAUCAUGGUGUUCAAGACAAAAAUUGUGAUAAUGGUGCAAUGCAUGACAAAGACGGAAAGACUGACACCCAGCAUGACUCCUGCAUCGCAGUUCAUCAUGCCAACGUUCAGAUUCAAGUCAAAUUGAACAUGCAUGAAGAAAACGCUGAUAUUUAUUCCAGUGGAAGUGAAAAUCAGGCUAAUAUGUGAAAGCGUAGCAGCUGAAUGUCCUAAUGUUAUCCAGCGCCUGAUAAUCAGACGAUAGCAGAUAAGGCUUCAGAUAAAGACAAUAGCAAUAAUCGUUGCCGAGGCGAUGGACUGUUUUGGCGACUGAUAUGUUUUGAGCGCUGAUAAGUGAUAUCAGACACGACAUGCCACUGUGUUCAUAAAAACACAGAAACAUUCCUCAUAGAGCUCACGCUGUUAUUCGCCUCAGUUGCAAACAUGAUAUUUGAUUUCUGUUAUCAAAUCACGGUCAUGUAUGAUGUAACGUGCCUUCAGAUUGCAUCAGAAAACUUUACUUUGAUAAACGGACAUACGCAGGGUUUUUCGUUUCACGUUUAUUUUCUGACUUGCGGCAGACAUUUCUGUAUUUUUAUGCCACGGUUCUUUUAAUAAACUUCUGGAUCUCUUUGUGAGUGAUGCCAGUUCGGAGUCUCUUUUCUGAUUUUUUU